AUGAAUCCCCUGGCGAUAUUGCUCCUCUUCUCGCUACUAUUCUCGUUACUGAUUCUGCCAUUCCCCGUCGAAAGCCGCGGUGUUGAGCUGAUCCCUGCUUAUCACAAUCCAAACUACCGUGCCAAUGCCACCAAAGCACUCCUGCACGCCUACCACAGAUAUGGCAUCAUACCUUUGGCUGGCCCGUACCAUCGGAAUGAAAACAACGUCCUCCUCAAGCGACAGAAGAAUGGAUCGUCUACCGCAGUGCUCGCAGACGACUACAUCAACGACUUGUUUUAUACUUGUCCAGUACUCAUCGGCACUCCACCACAGGCUCUUUCAAUGAACUUCGACACCGGCUCUGCAGACACGUGGGUAUGGUCGAUCACUAUUCUUGGACUCGGGAAGAAUUACAACGCGACGGUCUUCAAUCCUACACUCUCGUCCACCUUUCGAAAUAUGUCGGGAAGUUUUUUCUUCGUCUCGUACGGCGACUCUUCUUGGGUCAAUGGAAUAGUUGGAACAGACACUCUCAGAGUUGGAAACAUUGCAAUAGAAAAUCAGGCGGUCGAACUGGCAACUGCAUUGGCCUCUUCAUUCAAGACUUUGACGACGAUGAACGGGUUCUUGGGUCUCUCGUUUACCAAUCUCAACAAAGUCAAACCCCAUCCAGUCUUGACCCCCGUCGAGAACAUGGCGCUUCAACAAGCUAUUCCGGCGAAACAACAACUCUUCACAGCCUACCUGGGAUCAUACAAGGACGCGAAGGAUCCUGACCAGGGUAGAUCUUUCUACACGUUCGGUGGCAUCAAUCAAGCUCUUGUGCCACCGGGACAAGAACCUCGGUACACGAGUGUCAACGAUACUGUGGGACGUUGGAUGAUCAGCUCGCCGUCUGUUGUCAUCAACGGCCAGGAAUUGGAUCUGCCACAUAACGAAGCUCUCGUGGACACCGGGACUACACUGAUGUUUGUCAAGGAAGAGGUCUGCAGAGCGUUCUACGGGCAAAUUCCAGGCGCUGUCCUCUCAGAAACGGAUGGUCAAUGGAUUUUCCCAACGCAAAUCCCAACCGAUCUGUUGCCGAAUUUAUCGGUUGCUGUGGGAGAUUUUCAAGUGGCCAUCAACAAGGAACAAUUUGCUUUUGCCCCGAGCGGACAAGCAAACAUGACUGUAGGGGCGAUCCAGUCUCGGAUCAGUUCAUCCUUUGACAUAUUUGGAAUUCCUUUUUUUCAAAACGUCUACGCCAUCUUCGACGUUGGCCGAAGACGGUUCGGAGUGGUCAAACGUAUUGAUCCUACACCCAAUGGCCCUGCGUGAGACUCAGCAAAG